CAGCCAAUCAGAAGCUUGUUUCUUGAUGACCUCGAGGUCUGCAAUAGACAAGAACAAGGCAGUGAGUAGGUCCAUUCAAGCCUUGUUGAAAUUGUGACAUACAAUUUUUUUUAAAAUCCACUUUUGUGUAUACCAAUUGGGAUAUUUAUUUUUAUUCGUAUCGGGAUUAGUCUGUAAUCUUAUCUUGCAUCCUUAUAUUAGUUCAACAUCACAAGAUAAUUUUUUUUUUCUCUUUUCCUUUUUAUCUAUAAUAGUUAACCCUCCCGAAUAUGUGUGCAUCCAUUAUUGUCUAAGUGUGGAUGGAUUAUUGUCAAUGUCUAAGGUGACAUUAAUGUUUGCAUGUUCACUCGUGUAUGUAUGUAUUAAUGUGUGUGUUUGAUACAUGUGUUUGUACGGGGGAUGAUUGAACAUGUGUUCUAAAAUACUUGAAAUUCGUUUAUUUUUUUAAUUUUAUUUAUGAAAAUGGACGAAAUUCAAAUACUAGAAAGUCUUAAAGAGCACAGAUAUUAAAAAUAAAUGUAUAUAAGUGUUUAUUAUAAAAGAUCCAAUUUUCAAAGAUUUUAUUCUGAACAGGGAGGUUGCAUUGUUUUCUAACAGGAUCACCACACGAUACUUAGAUCCUGGGCUGUGAAAGACUUUGCUCCCACCUGCAGUCAAUACAUCCAGCUGUUCAAGGCCACCAACUCGCUACACAUCGGCCAUACAGGUGACACGGCUUAAUGGACAGUGUCGGCGUUGUGAGGGGUAGCGAGGCGUCGGGGGUCUUCGAGGUGCCUUUGGUUUUAUUUUUAUGACCAAGGCAGGCUGGCACCUUAUACGGUAUCCAUAAUUUACGUCACUUUUUACCCCCCCCCCCUUUUCACGUCACCCAUUUUUUCACAAAAUGUAGGCACCAUCGACACACAUCGUCAUAUUUCCUUGACCCCCAUCCUCGCCCCCCCCAUCUGGGUGAGUGACGUCAUUUAUGGAUUGCCCCGUGAUAGAAAAUUCAAUGCCUCACUCUUACUCCCUUUCAUUCAUUAAUAAUCUUUAUCCGUUACUGUCUCCCUACUCACCCUCUCUCUUCCUCCUCCUCUUUCUCCAUUUCUCAUACUCAUUCUUUUAGUCCUCAUCUUUUUAUUUAUAUUGACCAUUUCUCUGACCUCGAUCACUCAUCACUUCUCUGACCUCGAUCACUGACCAUUUCCUACAGAUCAUGUUGUAUGUGAAGACGACUUGGCGUACACCCUCCUGGCCUUCAACUGUUGGAUCCCCGGCGUGUCCACCUUUGUGAGCCACCUGAUCCACGCACGACCCACCGAGUAAGUUGGGCCACACCGAGUAAGUUGGCUACACCGAGUAAGUUGGGCCACACCGAGUAAGUUGGGCCACACCGAGUAAGUUGGGCCACACCGAGUAAAUUGACCACACCGAGUAAGUUGGGCCACACCGAGUAAGUUGGCCACACCGAGUAAGUUGGGCCACACCGAGUAAAUUGACCACACCGAGUAAGUUGGCCACACCGAGUAAGUUGGGCCACACCGAGUAAAUUGACCACACCGAGUAAGUUGGCCACACCGAGUAAGUUGGGCCACACCGAGUAAAUUGACCACACCGAGUAAGUUGGCCACACCGAGUAAGUUGGGCCACACCGAAUCAUUCGGUCACUGAACUCGUUCGUAUCUUUUAGACCUGCUAGUUUAACAUUAACUUUUAUUUUCCAUUUAUAUCAUUGGUUAACAAUCCUAUUGUUAAAUGUCAACCAGUGUUAAAUGAAAGAUCUUGUGACUGUAUCAUAUGGGUGGUUUAACAUUAUACUUUUUGUUCAUGUUUUGACAAAUUGAUUACGUUUGACAUGAACGCUGAUUUUGAGGAUAGAUUGAACAUUUCAUCGAUAUCAUUUUCCCACACUAAGCGCAGAUGAAAAUGUUGCGCUCUUAGCUGAUCUAUUUAAACAUGUUCAUCGAUCUGUUUUUGACACAGAUCAGUCAUGCGACAUUAUUUGAAUCAAAAAUCACAAAGUUCGAAAACAUAAUGGGUCCCAAGGCAUAGCUCGGAUACAUAACAUGUGUAGACAAAUAGAUUCAACACCUGGUUAACUCCAAUCGUGCUGAUAAUGCGAAUGUCUUAAACUUAAGGGAUCGAUACCAGUAAAGAAGACAUUUUUUUAGAUACAGAAGUUUUUUUUUUCCUUUAAAUAAUCGAUUUUCAAUAUUUGGACAAAGUUUGAAUAAAGUGGUGAGAUGUGCUUUGGUUAAAUUAUUAAAACUGUCAUUGCUACCGUUUUGUCUUCAUUUCAUUUGUUGAAAGUGUAAAACUGUCUCCCGUGUGAUAUCAGGCUUUCAUUACAUUUUGCUACAAAGUAAUUGUUGUCAAAACGGUUAUCUUAGGGAAUUUUUCUUUUACAAUGUUUCUCGUUGUGUACUGGUUUACUGAGACUUGGUCUAGAAAUCUUUACACUGCGAGACAAUAUUGAUUAGAGUUAUCUUGAUUAGAGUUAUCUUGAUUAGAGUUAUCUUGAUUAGUGUUACCUUGAUUAGAGUUAUCUUGAUUAGAGUUAAUAUAACAAACUGAACAAAUGUCCCUCCUUCUGGUUUUGCAUAUAUCUAAUAUCUUGAAAUGUACUCCACAAGACAUCGAUGUACAUAUCAACAACCCGCAACUCGGUGUGUAGAUUUUGUCACUUCUAACAUCUCUGACUCUAAAUGUUUCUAUUAUUGUGUAAAUGAUUUUUGUUGUUCUCAGCGGAGUCCCGUUGGCCAGUAAACAGGUUCAAAGGAACCCUACUCGGAUGGAGGUCCAACACGCUCAGCUACAAACGAGUGACUUCUUGCGUGAACACGAGGGGCACACAUUCCCCAGGGCUGCUGCUGAUGUCUAUAAGAGGUGAUGAAACUUUUUAAAAUGAACGCUGAAGGUCUAUGGGAACAUACGAUUGCAAAACAUUCAGCCGCAUUUUUAAUGUUGGCUCUAUCAUGUUAAUCGUUUGUUAUCAUGCUAAAUAAUUAUUUUUUAAAAAUGAAAGGCUGAAAUAGGCAUUUUAAUAUAGGACCAAUUUAGUUUUAGAUAGACAUAUUCAUAGAGAGAAUCCGCGGCAUCGGUUCUACAUAUUUUAAGACAUUUGAAAUGUGGACACAUUAACACGCGCCUCCAUAUUUGUUAUGGUCAGUUCUUAUAUGGUGUAAGAAGGGUGAGACAUUCACAUUCCUAUGGCGUUAAAAAACAACUGAUGCAUCGUUCUAACAGAUACGGCGUCAUUCUACUGGCUGUGGCAGACAGCGAGACUCCAAGUCUGAUCAUAAAACUCAACCCUGGACAUGACUACAAACUGAAGGUACGGGUCAGCUUUUAAAUAUUUGAUUAUAGAUCGAAUUGAAAAAAAAAAAAGAAUUCUUUUUAAUUAAUUUCUGUUUAAAAGGGCAGUUUACAAUUGUAUUGCACACACAAAACAUAAAAUAACAACGUAGAUUUGGGUUUAAAUGAGCAUGUGUUAUUGUUACGUCUCUGGUUGCAAUUUCUCAUUGUUACAACAUGCUGUGGUCGGGGGGUGUGUGUGUGGGGGGGGGGGUGGGGCUCGAGGGGACGGAUUUAGCACAAGCCGGUCAAUAAACCCGCCUUGUCUCAGGGUUUAUUACAUUGUAGCAUGUGUUAUUGUUACGUCUCUGGUUGCAAUUUCUCAUUGUUACAACAUGCUGUGGUCGGGGGGUGUGUGUGUGGGGGGGGGGGUGGGGCUCGAGUGGACGGAUUUAGCACAAGCCUGUCAAUAAACCCGCCUUGUCUCAUGGUUUAUUACAUUGACGUGUUGUUGUUUUUUUUCACGGCUAUUGCUGUGUCUCCCACAGGCUCAAGACGUGUGUUAUUACAUGGGAGAGUUGGAAGGUGAUACGAUUUCGAAUGAUCCGAAAUUGAAGAGAUCAGCUGAGUUAAAUUCAUCUCAGUGUCCACGGAGAACACUUGCAUUUGAAGGCCGGACAUAUACAGGUUUUAACUUAAUCCUUUAGCGGCUCUUCGAAAUAAUCCCAAUCAUUUCAUUCUGUUUGGGUACAUGUAUAUUCAAAAUCUGUAAUUUUUUUUUUUUUUUACAGCAUGUAAUAAUAUAAACCUAAAAUCCGUGUACUGACUGAUGCAAGGUCAUAAUGAAAAUAAAUAAAUAAAUAAAAUAAAGUACAUUUUUAAAAGAAUAUUUUAAAAUAUUUAUUUGGAUAUUACAUGCAGUAAGGUGCUGUGUAUGUUCCUUACAGACGAAUCCAGGGAAACGCGUCACAGCCAUCGACUGUCAGGUUCGACCACGGCGACGGCUUUGUCUCGGCAAGGGAGGUAAUGUUGAUAAGCAAAAUCACAUCACAUUUCAUAAUGUUAUAGCCCUUUAGUUUUCCUCUUACCGCUCGAUCACAAGUCUUUAUAACCAUUUUGCGUGCUAAAUGGGCCGCAAAAAGAACUCACCAAAAAGAACCCACCACAUUUAUUCAUUCAUAAUAUGGAAAUAAAUAUGUUCAUUUUUCGAAAGGGAUAAGCACAAAAAUCAGUCUUUGCCCCGGGCGCAGCUUUUCCAUGACACAGCCCUGCUGAUGUGUUAGUUAUUGCAGCUUUUCCAUGACACAGCCUUGCUGAUGUGGUAGUUAUUGCAGCUUUUCCAUGACACAGCCCUGCUGAUGUGGCAGUUAUUGCAGCUUUGCCAUGACAUGGCACUGCUGAUGUGGUAGUUUUUUUUGUUUUUUUUUAAGCUUCAAGACCACACCAGAAGCCCGUGUCUCUGCGAAAUGAAAUAAUCUCUGUAAAAUAAAGUAUAUUUCUUUAAAGCAGCAAAAGGAAAAGUGUCUUUUGUAUAACCUUCUUCAAGGUAUUUCGGCUAAACUUUGACUUCAUUCAGCGACUGACUGCAAAUCAUCAGUUGUGUGACUUACUGAUCAGGAAUGUGGGGUCGGGGGCUACAACCUCUGAGAGUUGAACAAUUUGAUUGUUUUAAAGUUUCAUAGUACUGAAUAAACUAAUUAAAUAAUGCAACAAAAAAAAAAGUAUAUUCACAGGUUUUGUGUCAUAGAAAAACCCAGCAAUAUUUGACACAAGUGUCAUUCCUGUUUUCAGACUUACAGUUGGUUCACCCCCUGCUACAAUUAUUCCAAGGUUAUGGUCAAGCAAAUGUCAUAUUCUCAAAGAAUCUCGAACACAAUGUUGUCUACAGUGGCGUAAGGUAGAGAAGAUCAAUAGAAAAUGUGACCCGGAAGGAAAAAGAAAGGAAUAAAUGAGGGGGGGGGGUGUAAUUUUUCGAAUUUUUAUAAUCAUAUUAAAUUACAUAGUUAACUUUUUUAAACAAAGCAUAUUUCUAACUGACUAAGUCUCCAUCGCUGCAUAUUUCUAACUGACUAAGUCUCCAUCGCUGCAUAUUUCUAACUGACUAAGUCUCCAUCGCUGCAUAUUUCUAACUGACUAAGUCUCCAUCGCUGCAUAUUUCUAACUGACUAAGUCUCCAUCGCUGCAUAUUUCUAACUGACUAAGUCUCCAUCGCUGCAUAUUUCUAACUGACUAAGUCUCCAUCGCUGCAUAUUUCUAACUGACUAAGUCUCCAUCGCUGCAUAUUUCUAACUGACUAAGUCUCCAUCGCUGCAUAUUUCUAACUGACUAAGUCUCCAUCGCUGCAUAUUUCUAACUGACUAAGUCUCCAUCGCUGCAUAUUUCUAACUGACUAAGUCUCCAUCGCUGCAUAUUUCUAACUGACUAAGUCUCCAUCGCUGCAUAUUUCUAACUGACUAAGUCUCCAUCGCUGCAUAUUUCUAACUGACUAAGUCUCCAUCGCUGCAUAUUUCUAACUGACUAAGUCUCCAUCGCUGCAUAUUNACCGUGGGGGGGGGGGGGGGGGGGGGGGGGGUUAAAUAACAUUGACGAUAACCAAUAACAUCCUGUCAUGUUUGUAUUUGUUAUUCUACUUCUUGCAGUCCAGCAGACAAGUUGUUCCUGGACACCCUGGCUGAAUUUCCCUGUGUUUACUACAUGAUCGGAACACUGACAAGGCGAGUACUGUGCUAACACUAAACGUGGGAUGUAAUGAAAGUGAAUGUUGUUAAGUGCGAGCCUCAUUGGGAUGCGUGCGUCUGUGCAUAUGUGCAUGAGAAGGUGUGCAUCUCUGCGUGAGCAAAUCGUCUCGUGAUGACAACAGUGUUUGUUGUAAGAUGGAUACAUUCAUUUUAAUACGACUGAGUUCAAGGACGUUCACACCUCCCCUUGACUGGUCAAAAAUCUAUUCCCACAGCGCCCUAAUAGAGUCGACACUACCAGAUCCAAGCCACCUGGUUGUGUUCGAUCUCGACCUUGACUCGGAUGUCGGUGCUGACGAUUGCAUGACGGAUGCAAAUACCAUCAUCACAGUACAGACAUUGAUACGGUAGAGCUAUUUUAACAGUGCUCAUAAUAUCACUACCAUCAUCACAGUACAGACAUUGAUACGGUAGAGCUAUUUUAACAAUGCUCAUAAUAUCACUACCAUCAUCACAGUACAGACAUUGAUACGGUAGAGCUAUUGUAACAGUGCUAACAAUGUCAAUCAAUCAUCAAUAAUUUAUUAUUAUGUUUUAACAGCUAAAUGUAUUAUAUUAGUCACAAAUAAAAUUUCUCUAGGCAUUGCCGCCGCCAUUGUUGACAGGUUAGCUCUAGUAUCGGAUUACAAACGUAGUGUAUGUGUAGCAUGUGUUGUGGUAGCUGCAAACUUCUAACCAUAAGGGAAUAGGACAUGGCGAGCCGACCCGCGGCGUAGCAUCCGUCGCAGAAUGGCUCGCUGGCUCAGAGCUUGUUGGGGUGUCCGCAUGGCUGGCAAGCGAAGGUGGUGCAGGAAAGGGGGGGUGGGUGGUAGCUUCACCACAGUGCGCGUGUCUCGAGACCAACGAUGGGCAGGCAAGGGAAGGGAAGGUUUGCCUGCGUAUUGCUUGCUUACUCUGGCGUAUCUAUAUAUAGCUUGCGUCGUCUUGCUUGCUCUAGUAUCUGGCGUAUUAUAUAUAGAGAUACUAUUUAUAUAACAUUAUUUAACCGAUAAUUUUAAUAUUCGUUUUAGGGCGUUGUAAGAGGGUGUGCCCCCCCCCCCUUGGGGAAACACUAUUUUCUCAAUAUAUAUUUUCUCAGGGGUGGCAAUUUCGGCAACCUACAGAGUUUUUUUUUUGUUUUUCUUUUGCAAGGGAAGCCAAAAUCUUAGCACCCCUAUCAGCAUAUAGCUACGUGACUGUUUCAUUGUCUUUUUUGUGUGGUCUUUUUUAAAAAUCAGAUCAUGAUAUCAAGAAAAUUGGAAGUUUGCCCCGAUUCUGAUCUCAUCCUAUAAUUCUGAUCUCAUCCUAUGAUUCUGAUCUCAUCCUAUGAUUCUAAUCUCAUCCUGUGAUUCGGAUGUCAUCCUGUGAUUUGGAUGUCAUCCUGUGAUUCUGAUCUCAUCUUAUGAUUCUGAUCUUAUCCAAUAAUUCUGAUCUCAUCCUCUGAUUCUGAUCUCAUCCUAUGAUUCUGAUCUCAUCCUAUGAUUCUGAUCUCAUCCUGUGAUUCUGAUGUCAUCCUAUGAUUCUGAUCUCAUCCUAUGAUUCUGAUCUUAUCCUAUGAUUCUGAUCUUAUCCUAUGAUUCUGAUCUCUUCCUGUGAUUCGGAUGUCAUCCUGUGAUUCUGAUCUCAUCUUAUGAUUCUGAUCUUAUUCUCUGAUUCUGAUCUCAUCCUAUGAUUCUGAUCUUAUCCUAUGAUUCUGAUCUUAUCCUAUGAUUCUGAUCUCAUCCUAUGAUUCUGAUAUCAUCCAAUCAUUCUGAUCUCAUCCUAUGAUUCUGGUCUCAUCUUCUGAUUCUCAUCUCAUCCUGUGAUUCUGAUGUUAUCCUAUGAUUCUGAUCUCAUCCUAUGAUUCUGAUCUUAUCCUAUGAUUCUGAUCUCAUCCUAUGAUUCUGAUCUCAUCCUAUGAUUCUGAUCUUAUCCUAUGAUUCUGAUCUCAUCCUAUGAUUCUGAUCUCAUACUAUGAUUCUGAUCUCAUCCUGUGAUUCGGAUGUCAUCCUGUGAUUCUGAUCUCAUCUUAUGAUUCUGAUCUCAUCUUAUGAUUCUGAUCUUAUCCUAUGAUUCUGAUCUCAUCCUCUGAUUCUGAUCUCAUCCUCUGAUUCUGAUCUCAUCCUAUGAUUCUGAUCUCAUCCUAUGAUUCUGAUCUUAUCCUAUGAUUCUGAUCUCAUCCUAUGAUUCUGAUCUUAUCCUAUGAUUCUGAUCUUAUCCUAUCAUUCUGAUCUCAUCCUAUGAUUCUGAUCUCAUCCUAUGAUUACGAUCCCAUCCUACGCCUCUGUGUUGAAAUGCUUGUUCACUUGUUCCUGUGCAUCUACAGGCGCUAUCCAAACACUUGCGUGAUGACGGCUCUCAACCACGCCUCCAAUUUGAGAUUUAUGCACGUGAACUGUCAUCAUACCCCAAGGUCACGUGUGGUCAGUUCUGUUUUCUAGCAAUGUUUUGUUUAUAUUCAAUGUUGUUUUUAUUUUGUACAUGUUAAUAUGUUAGUUAUUUUAAAAAGAAAAUGUAAACAGCGUUUAAAUAUAUUAUGCCAGAUAUUUAUUCAUAAUACCUGUAAUGGUCAUUGUUACAAUUAAAAUUGGGGAGGUGUACACUUGUCAUUUCUAGGAGUGCUCACAGGACAGCUCAUCGUGUGAUGCCAGCUCAUUGUUUGAUGGCGGUCAAGUAUUUGCCCUGUCUACACUCAGGCAGCUUUUGUACAAGGUAUGUCUCCAGCCAUUUGAAAUAACAAACAAACAAAAAGGUUUGGAAACAGACAGGCUGGAAGGGGGGUGGGGGCGGCGCCAACCCUCAUGGCUGCCACAGGAGAACCUGUCACUCCGCAGAUCGCCGCAAAAAUCUAAUUUUUAUUUUAUUUUAUUUUUUGGACCAACUUUUUAUUUCAUGCUGAUUAAAUGUAAAAAUAAAUCUGAACACGUGACACCCACGUGUAAUAAAUGUUGAAUGUCAUGAUUUCAGAGUUUUACCAAGAAUAGCGUCCUCAGCUUGGUGAGGCUCAUUUUAAACUUGGACUCAAGCGAAGGCUCGGGGCACCUCAAUUAUGUAAGUGUCUGACGGCAGUAGAUGUGUCAGUGUUUGUAGUUAAUGUCACAUUCAAACAUCUUGAAGGCUGCGUGAGAUACAUUUAUUGAGACAUUCGCACAUUUCGGUUCAUCUGACGAAUUUGUUUAAACAUUUGAUCUAAAUGAAAUUGUUAAGUCUUUGGCCAAUCACACAGCUGUAUUCUCUGAGCGUAUGGAGAUAGAGCAUCGAAUUAUUCUAAGGAAUUUGUGUAAACUCUAUGUAUGGAAUGAGGAUGGACAAUUUUUCCAUUAUAAUGAGUAAAUAUUUUAGUGCUAUGUGCUAAAGUUUAAACUUUAAAAAAGAAUAAACAUACUUUAUUCCAGGUGGUUGUAGAUGAGAUCACAUUACAAAGGUGUUCAGAAUUCGGCCAACUGUACCAAGAACUCUGCCUUACGGCCGGAGAAAUCCCCAUUGCUAUUUAUAGAACUGAACUUGUAAACAACAAUAAAAGUCUAAAUCAGGAUCACGUGACAACGGUAGGCACCAGAUCAUACGUCAUCACGAAUCCUGUAGAGCACCUCAAACUGUUAACUGGUGACAUAAUGUAAGUAUUGACAUUUGACAUGACAUCAUAUACCUAUUUAAGACAAAAAGGUAUGGGAAUUGUGUAGUAUUGUCAAAUAUAAUCAAUGAGAUAAUAUAGGAGUCGGUCAAUGUAUAUGUAUAUGUGUGAUUGUUUAAAGAUUAUGUGUGUGGAUUCGAUACAAACGUUGAUAUCAUGGAAGUAUUUAAUCUGUGUAAAACUUCACGGCAUUACAAAUAUAACUAAACAAAGUUGAUUCAUCUUCUUCUUCUUCUAUAUAUUAAGGGCCAACGAUCAAUGUAUUUGAUUAUUCUGGCUCGCAAUGUUUCUGUGCCUGGUUUUGAAGAGGAUAUUUCACUGGUUGCAAGGGUUACAAAUGCAACUGAUAUAUGAACUUGGCUUUAUUUUGUUUUUGUUUUUUUAAAGAAGAUUUUCCAGCAAUUAUGUACAAUAUGUAUAUAUUAUUAUAUUUUUUACCGUUACAGAUACGUACUGCAGCCACCAUGACUUAUCCACAGCCACCAUGAGUUAUGGACAGUGACCAUGACCUAUCCACAUCCACCAUGCCGUAUCCAUUGGUCACAAUGACUUAUAACCCCAGCCAGCAAAACUCGUGAUCUAGGCUCCACAAGCCGUCUCUCAGCGAACAUCUACCCGUUCAACGGUAGAAGCUGACGACCAUCGUGACAGAGCGUAUCUUGUCCAACGAUGGUCGUGACAGAGUGUAUCUUGUCCAACGAUGGUCGUGACAGAGUGUAUCUUUUCAAACGAUGGUCGUGACAGAGUGUAUCUUUUCAAACGAUGGUCGUGACAGAGCGUAACUUGUCCAAAAAUGGUCGUGACAGAGUGUAUCUUGUCCAACGAUGGUCGUGACAGAGUGUAUCUUUUCAAACGAUGGUCGUGACAGAGUGUAUCUUUUCAAACGAUUUUUAUGACAGAGUGUAUCUUUUCAAACGAUGGUCGAGACAGAGUGUAUCUUUUCAAACGAUGGUCGCGACAGAGUGUAUCUUUUCAAACGAUGGUCAUGACAGAGUGUAUCUUGUCUAACGAUGGUCGUGACAGAGUGUAUAUUUUUAAACGAUGGUCGUGACAAAGUGUAUCUUGUCAAACUAUGGUCAUGACAGAGUGUAACUUGUCCAACGAUGGUCGUGACAGAGGUUAUCUUGUCCAACGAUGGUCGUGACAGAGGUUAUCUUGUCAAACGAUGGUGGUGACAGAGCGUAUCUUGUCCAACAACACGGAAGCAGAGCUGAUGUUUGACAAUCAUCUGAUGAAUGUCUAGUGGGUUUGUUUUAACGUAAAAUAAAUAGUUGAAUAACAUCCUUAAUUCUUUACAGAUGGUCUUAUU